AUGGGAUCGAAAAACGGUAAAUAUGACUUUGAACAUGGCGGUUUGUCACAAACUCGUAAUGAAGAUUUGCCAUCGUUUCCAUCAGAAUUCAAUGGAUCUAUACAAACUAAACAAUCGAGAAAAGAUAUUACAUCUAUUCCAACAUGUAUUCAUCAAGAUAUACUAAUAGAUAGAUCAGCAUUGAAUGCAGAAAAUUUAUCUCUUGUUUGGCUUGACACUGAUAUUUAUCGACGAUCAUCAAAUAUCGAUAUGGAAGUUAAAUUAAAAAACCUUAUGAACUACGUUCGAUUGUUUGAUCGCGUUGACUCGUGUGAAAGAUAUAUUAAACAAAUAGGCAAAAUGAAUAAUAACAAUAAUGUUAAACAAGAAAUGUUAUUUGUAAUUAUUUCAACAACACUUGCUCCAACACUUAUUCCACAUUUACAUGAUCUUACACAAGUGAAAUAUAUUUACAUUUUUGGAAAGCCAAAAUCAAUUUCAAAAGCACAUGAAGGAUGGUUAAAAAAAUAUAAUAAGGUAAAAGGCAUAUUUAGUUCGUCUCGCAUUUUGAUAACUCAAAUAGCUCAAGAUCAAAAUUAG